CCGUUUUGUCCUUUAUUGUCUUAUUAUAGAGGAUGCCCUAGCGGCAAAUGACCUUCCUGGUAAUUUUGCCAAUGAAGACGAUAGGGCAGAUUCCCGUGGCAUCAGAGAUACUGGCUCCAUUGAUGCAUCAUAUGAUCGCUACCUUUCGCAAUUCGAAAAAGCCAUCAUUUGACGGUGACUAUAUAAGAUCGGGGAGCAACGGACUCGGCGGACAUCAUCUUGUUGAUGAUGAUCCACGACUAAUGUCUAAAGGAAGACCGCCUCAAAUCAUUCCUGUUAUUCGAAAAAUGGGAGGAGUUCCUGAAAUUUCGCUUCCUAUUGAUGCUAGCAACACUCUAUAUGUGGAGGGCUUUCCUGUGAGUUGCUCUCGCAGGGAAAUUUCUCAUAUAUUUCGCCCAUUCGUAGGUUAUAGAGGUGUUAGACUUGUAACUACAGAAUCAAAAUACUCUAGUGGUAAUAUGCUGGUGCUUUGCUUCGUUGAUUUUUUGAGUCCAGCCCAUGCAGCCACGGCAAUGGAUGCUUUACAAGGUUAUAGAGUCGAUGAGUACGAUGGCAAAUCUCCCCGAUUGAUGCUCCAAUUUGCUCGAGAUCGCGGUCCAAGGUCAGGCGGUGGGCAUUGGGUGAAACGUUGAGAUUGCGGUUGACAGGACCCACUGAGUGAGGAGAUUUAUGAGGUAUAUUUGCAGAUGCGUUGCGUAGGACCGAUCCAGGGGGUUUAUAUAUGUCAUUUCGAGGGAAGCAUUUUUCCCUUUCGAGGCUCUUUGCCUUAACCUCUCCUUUUUUUUUUUUUUUUUUUUUUUUUAAUAUCUUUAGUUUACUGUAUCCCGUGUAUACCACAUUUUAACGUAUCACAAGAUUCGCAACGACCCUGUAAUAACUGCUUGCAAUUUGGAGGCUACUUACUAGGACUGAUGGUUUGAUAGUGUCCGCCAGUGUACGAUUAUCAUUUUCUUUGCGCUACAUAAUACAGAUACCUCGGUAUUAUAAUGAACUGAUCGAUGUAGUUAAACAUUGUAGGCAGAGCCAUCAUCCCGGUUAUGCGUACUAUGUUUAUGUGGUUUCGUAAUUUAUUUUAAACCUAAA